AAAGAGGUCUUUGGCUGGCCCAACGCAGCCCAAUACCAUGUUUAGUUGUUAAUUAGUUUUGGAAAAAAGUUAGCUAUGAAAGUGACGAUUGAUAGUAUGAGUGAUUGACAAAACUUGUGAUUACAAUACUAAAAUACAUUAAAUCCGCAUAUAUUAAUUUAAAAAAUAACAAAAAUUUUAUAAACUACGGAGUAUCUCCUACUUCGUAUUAUCUUUAACAUUUGAUACCUAAACGCUAUCUCUACCUGAAUCAUUACCUUUGUCACUCACUAUUUUUUUAGUGGUGUUUUGUUCAAAACACUAACCGUUACCACUGAACGUCCCCUAUAGCUAUAUUUUAAAGUUUUUUACUAAACCCAGCCCAAUUAAGCAAUUACCAUAUCACCCCUACCUUUUCUCCCCGCCGAUCACAAACCAUAAUUCCUUCUUGAAAAAAAAUCUCACAAAACAAAAUUUCCUCAUUAUUAUUUUCUCUCUCCUACACCCCUUAAUCAUCUCACCGGCAACUUUCCAUGGCCACCAACGCCGACGGCACCUCACCGUCGCCGGCGCUCCGACCUCGACCUCAACCAUUGCCGGCAACUCUCACCCGCGCUUCCCCCGUUCUCCGGGAAGAUUGCUGGUCGGAAGAUACGACACACGCUCUCAUCGAAGCUUGGGGCUCCCACCACCUCUCUCUCAAUCGCGGUAACCUCCGUCAACACCAUUGGCUCAAAGUCGCCACCACCGUCAACGCCGCCGGUGACCGGCGCCGGCGCACCGACAUCCAGUGCAAGAAUCGCAUCGACACGUUGAAGAAGAAGUACAAGAUCGAAAAAUCUAAGACUGUUGAUUCUUCCGGCGGUUACGUUAGUCCAUGGCCGUUUUUCUCCCUCCUCGAUUUCCUCAUCUCUGGCGACGGCGAGAAACCUCUCUCCUCUGGUCGGAAAAUAUCGCCGGAUACUCCGUCGACGACGACGACGCUGACGAAGUUUCCGGUGGCUCCGAGGUCGGCGUUGAUACGAAAACGACCGGUGCCUGUUGAUGAUUCGUUUUUCCGGCGACAGUUUGCGGCUGUUAUUGCAGCAGCAGCCGAGGUGGAGGCGCAUGAGUCGUCGGAGGAGAGAGAAAGAGAGUCAUCGGAGCGAACCGGCACAUCGAGCGAUAGCGGUGGGAGAGAGAGAAGAGAUAGUAGAGUAGAGGAUGAAGGUUUCAACAAUGGAUGUAGGAAGUUGGCGGAGGCGAUAAUGAGGUUCGGAGAAGUGUAUGAGAGAGUAGAAACAGUAAAGCAAGAGCAAUUGAUUGAUUUAGAGAAGCAUAGGAUGCAAUUUACUAAGGAUUUGGAGUAUCAGAGGAUGAAAUUGUUGAUGGAUACUCAGCUUUAGCUCGCUAGGAUUAAACGGUCCAAACAUUCUGAUGAUGCUGGUUCGAUGGAGGCAAUUUUAGGCGCUGGCAGAAGAAGGUUCACUUCCUGUUGACAACCCUCAAUGUGGCGUAUGUUCUGACUCAGGAAGUACCACAAGAGGUUGAGAAUGAAACCGUGGCUCGUGCAAGGCUGAAGCAUGAAAACGACAAUUUCAUCUGCCACAUACUCAAUGCCAUGGAGGAUACUCUAUUCGAUACUUAUCUUCAUGUUACUAAUGCAAAGGAAUUAUGGGAGAUGUUAGAGUCCAGAUACAUGAAAGAAGAUGCUACAAGUAAGAAAUUUAUUGUUUCCUAAUUUAAUUCCUACAUGAUGAAAGACAAUAGGUCAGUUAUGGAACAAUUCCAUGAAAUAGAACGAAUUCUUGGUCACUUUAAACAACAUAGUAUGAAUAUGGAUGAAUCUAUUGUUGUUUCAAGUAUUGUUGAUAAAUUACCCCCCUCUUGGAAGGAUUUCAAGCAUAGUUUAAAACAUAAGAAAGAAGAUAUUUCUCUUGACGAACUUGCUAACAAUCUUCGUGUUGAAGAGGAAUUUCGUAAACAGGAAGACACUAAGGAACAACAUGUUUCUAGUGUUAAUGUUGUAGAAACUGGAGAAUCCAGUAAGGCACAAAGCAAGAAGAGAAAGGGCAAACCGAACAAGCAAAAUCAGAAAAAUGUGAACAAGAAACAAUGCUGGAAUUGUGGCAUCACUUCAAGAAAAACUGUCCGAAAAAGAAGAACAAAGGGAACAAGCAGAACUCGGGUGGGCAGAACACGAGUGGGCAGAAAAUUUCGGAGAAACAGGAUGUUUUUGUUGCUGUAAUUUCGGAAGUCAAUAUGAUUCAAGAUGACAAUUCUUGGUGGAUUGAUUCCGGUGCAACAAAGCAUGUGUGCAAGGAUAAGUCGCUGUUUGCUUCUUAUGUUCCUGUGGAAGAAGGAACGGUCCUAUACAUGGGAAAUUCGUCCACCACCCAAGUGCUUGGAAAGGGCAGCGUUGUGAUUGAGUUUACUUCUGGAAAAAUUCUGACUUUGAAUGAUGUUUAUCAUGUUCCUGAAAUUAGGAAGAAUCUUGUAUCGGGUAGUCUUUUGAACCGUUUUGGUUUUAAGCUUGUGUUUGAAUCUGAUACUUUUGUAAUCUCUAAGGGUGGGGUGUUUGUAGGAAAAGGCUAUCUUCAUGAUGGCAUGUUUAAGCUGAACAUUAUUAAUAAAGUUGUUAAUUCUGCUUAUUUGCUUGUCUCUUUUUCAUUAUGGCAUCAUCGUUUAGGACAUGUACAUUUUAAAUGUAUGAAUGAUAUGGCUAAUCUGAACUUAA